AUGCCCUCUCUUCGCGCGCUCACCUCUCUGCUCCUGCUGGCCUGCUCAGCUCUCGGCGCGCUGCCCCCGCCCCCCCCACCUCCACCCUCUCCACCACCGUUCGGCAUCGUCCCCCCGUCUCGGCAGGGGACUCCGCAUCCCUUUGCGACGGGUACCGUUCCCAACACAAACGCCAUCGCCAUCGCACAGACCGUGCCGAAGGUCCAUCAAAAGAGCGGCCCGAGUGCCGCUGCGGUGCCGAACGCGCAGGGCAUCGUGCCGCCGACGGUGGUCACGGCCAUGGACGGGAAGGUGAUGAACCCGAACACAACUGUGGCGGCAGUGGCUGGGUCGACUAUCGACGCGGCCGGCAUUGCGAAGCGCGACGCAACGAAGGACUUCACGAAGCUGUUUGACGGCCUCCCCGCGGACCAGCACGACGGCGCUAUCGAGGGCACAGCAUACCUGACCUACACGCUUGUUCCGAACAGCACCUACAAUGUCGCCGCUUGCCUAGCGUGGUGCGAGACUGUUGACGGAUGCGUAUUUGUCAACCUCUUCUACGAGUUCAAUAACUUCCUACUGGACUUUGUAUUCUCGGAGAAAUCGAACCUCAAGUGCGCGGCCUACGGAGAUAUUCACAAUGCCACCGAAAAGACGAACUUCGGCGGCCAGCCGUCGUAUCCCCAGGUUGGAAAUGAGACUGUACCCCUCACAUUUAUCACACAGAGCAGCGGCUAUGCCGCAAACGCGCUUGUCAACCCGGCCACUCCGGACGGUUAUGAAUUCGUGUUCGGGCCGACAAACGGGGCAAAUAACGCACCAGGCUACAUGGGCUUCGCCUUCAUCGAUCGGUAUGAUGUCACCGCAUGUGCACAGCUCUGCAACGGCCGCGGCGUGGAUCCCGUCGGCGGAGGAUGUUCUUACUUCAACAUCUGGCGUGCUCUCGUCGACGGCGUGCCGACGACAUAUACUUGUGCCAUGUAUUACCUCGCAAGCAAUGCCUCGACGGCCGUUAACACCGGCCAGGGCUCGCUCGCCGUGACAUUCUCCCGCGGAUACGCACGUAAGAACCUUGUCAUCGACGGCGGCUUCGAGGGCUUCGCGGCCUGUGCCGCGACGUCAUUCUGCUUCGCGCAGUCGUACGUGAACUGGAUCGGCAGCUCCUUCGUCAACGGCACGGUCGGCCAUCAGGACACGACUGUCUUCCGCUUCGCGCCGUACGCGCACUUCGGCGUCGGGUCGGCCCUCUUCGGCGCGGCGGCCGGCGAUGAUGCGCAUGCCGGCGUGCUGACCCCGGCGCGCCGGUUGUGCACGCAGCCCGGCGCCAAGUACAUCAUUCAGAAUUUCUUCAUCAGCUCGUUCUCCGGCUCGGCCCUCGAAGCGCACGCAAAGGUAGAUGUGCUGUGGAACGGAAAACGCGUCGGCGGCACGAGCGGCUUCGUGCAGGACUACACGUUUUUCCAGAGCGACAUCGUGGUCGGCACGGGCAGCGACGCCUUGUCCUUCGUUGGGGGAGCAGCACCGGCCUGGACCUUCCUGGAUGAUGUGAAGGUGUUUAAGGUUUAA